AUGGCAUUGAAUCUCUUUGCUGGUGUAGAGAGGUCAACGCAGUCGAGACGCCAUGAUGAUCGUUCUUCUGUUUCAACUUCUGUAAGCCAUUCUGCAAGGAGUGUUGUGCAGUCUCAUCAUCAACAACAACAACAACAUCGAAGAAGAGGAGGAGGAGGAACAGGAGAGUUAGAGACUGCAACUGAAGAGGAUAGACGUCUCUUUACGCAGUGUGUGGAACAGGUACAACGACAACUUAAACUUAAUAUCAGUUCACCCAAUACUCUCUACACACUGGCAUCCUACUAUACACGGGAAGAACCAUAUGUUGAAGGUCGACCAUUUUGUGUUUCUUUAAGUUAUGCCACAUUUCUAUUUCAUAUACAAAUGGCACGUGUAAGUGAAAUUGAUGUUCAAUUAUAUGUUCAACUCAUAAGUGCAGUUCUUGCUCAAAUAUCUGAUAAUGCACAGUUAACACAUCCAUUUGUACUUCGUGUACUUCGGGAUGCGGUGUUUGGACUUCCAUCUCCAACUUGUGUUGGUGGGGCUCAUUGUGUGGCUCUUGUACCUCCAUUACAAUACCGUGCUUUUGCCUAUUUGGCAACUUCUCUUGUGGAUCUUGGUGUGGUGCCUUUGGAUAUUCUUUAUCAAUGGCAGGAUAAAUUAGAAUCACUCUGUAAUGCACAAUCACCUCUUGUGGCUAAUCGAGCUCUUGCACUUCUUGUACAUACUGUUGGGAAUGUACGUAUGGAUGAACAAGUAAAGGCUUUGCAGUUUGUUUUAAAAACAAAACCAAGAAAGAUGAAUGUUGAUUUUCUUCUUGCUUGUUAUGAACGUCUUAAACGAGCAGUUCCAGAACCUGUACGAGGUCCAAGUUAUGGACGUGCAUUAUCUAUUCAUUGUAGUGAAUUAUUUCUACGAUUUCGUUCUCCAAUUCGUCGAGAAUAUGUAGAACGAUUUCUUUACCCAAGUUUAAGUAAUGCGGAUAUGCAAUCCUUUGUUCAAAUUCCGGCAACUCGACAACAUCUUUGUGGUGAAUUAUUACGUCAAUGUACUCCAGGAAUGAGUACUGGAAAUCCAUUUUAUCUUUGUUUAUGCGCUAUUAUGCAGUAUGCUUUUGAAGAUGAAAUAGAAGGAGCUGUUGAAGUAGUAGAACUUAUUAAUUGUCAAAUGCCCCAUGCUGCUUAUUUUAUGGCUACAUUAGCUAUAGAUACACGUAUGUCUGUUGCUAUGUUUGCCAAAGUUGUUAUUGCACUUGUGAGAGGAGCAGGACUUGCAAUGACAGGACGAGAAGUUACAGAUGAUGUUGCAGAAGUUUUAAGAAAUCGUCCAAGUGUUUAUAAUGUAUUAUUUUUACUUCGAGAAAUUGUACGUAAUUCUUCUAUUACUGCCUCAAGACGUGCUACAGAUAUGUUAAAAGCCCUUUCUAUUGCUGUUCCUCCCAAAACUGUGGAAACACUUGGUAAACUCGCGAUGGAAGCUUUUGAUGAUAUUCAUGAAUCCGCCGUGGAUCCUCAACUCCUCUGUGCAGAACUGGCAAUGGUAUUACAUCAACAACAUGUGGAUGAGGCGAUGGAUGCGGCUGUGGCUCAUUUACAUGAUGUUACGGCGUUGUGUAUUUUCUGCGGAAUGGGACGUGGGGCUUCUCUAUUGUGUAGUGUAAAUGGAACUAUGCAUAUGACUGGACAAGCCUCUGUGGCUCGAGUGGUGACAACACUUGCAGAGUGUGCUGGUAUGCCUGCUAUUGAGAGGAAACUUAUUCAAUUACUUCGAGAUCCUAAUACUCAAAUGGAUAGUGCGGUUCAUUUCUUACUUUUUCAUAUUCUUACGCACGCUGGUCAACAUCGUAAUACACUUUUUGUAGCUGUAGAACCUUAUAUUCGAAGUACUUUAAUGACAUUAGUGAAUGCAGAUCGAAUGUCUUCAACUGGUUUGGUAACAAGUCAACAAAAAGCAAAUAUAUUAAUGUUACAUGUAAAACUAGUUAUAUUACUAGCGAAUGCUAUUGAUCCAUCCUAUCUUGAGAGUAUUCUUCGUGUAUUUUGUGAGGUACGAUUACGUAGUAAUCAUGAUGCGUUAGCACUUUGGUAUAUGGCAAAUUUAUUAUUACGUCAAGGGAAAGGAAAUGUGGAACUUCUCCCUACAGAUCCUACAUCAAAUAAUUACUGUGUGGAUUACCCUAAUUGUGCUCCUACAUGUAAUACCACUGCUGAUAAUGCACAAUUAUUACUAAAAAUUAUAGAUCGUUCACAUAGUUUUAGUGAUGAAAUGCGUAAAUUGGUAGGUUGUUGUGUAUGUAAACUUAUUCAAGAUUUUAAUAUUCAAGCUCCAAAUAUUGUGGAUACAUUACUUUCCCCUUUUGGAUUUGUUCCUGUGGGGUUAGAACCUCUUAUUGAGUAUGCCCUUCCUGUAGGGGCAAGCAGUACUUUCUGGUCUUUCUUUGUUCAUCAAAUGAAAUCCUCCGCCCCUGCCCGAACAGCAUUCAUGGCGGCUCUCGCUAAAUGUAUGUCGCAACGUUUUCGCAUUGCCGCUCCUGCAGAGGCCGUCACUGUAGACAACGGUGUGGAAGUCACUGGGCAUCUCUUUGCUGUUAUGAUGUAUGAGGCGAUGAAGCGAAAUCCACCUCUCACACGAGUUGUACUGCAUAUGAUUUCACAAUGGGUGAGUCAACCACAACACCCACCAGGGCGAUUUGUUUGUCUUGUUUAUAUUUGUUCAGAAUUAUUGGCAGUGGUGGCAACUCGACACAGUACAUCAGCAGAGGGAAAUGAGUCGUGUGCAGAAACACCACAAGAUACUCGACAAUUUGAAGAGGCUGUUACUCGAGCAGCACGUGUGGUAAAGACACAACUUCCACGUAUUGCGGGAUUAGCACCAUUAGUGCAUAAAGAGAAUGGGGCUUUUUAUGCAUUACUGCGUCGAUUACAUCGUCGUGCUCGCCGUGUGGUGCGAAUGGCUACUGGUGAUAGUAGUACUACGGUAGGUGAAGAAACAGGAGAUAUACAUGAUGAGGCUGAUGAGGAUAUCUUUGAUAAGAUUGAUGCAAGUGUACAUAAUACAUCAGGGUUAACAACACGGGGUUAUGAAGAUGUUAAUGUUAGUGGUAUUGGUAGUGAGAAGGAGAAGUAUGAUUUAAAUGCAUUACAACAACCAGGUGAUGAUAGUGUAUUUGAAGAUUACGUAGAAGCUGAUGCGGGUGAAACACUUGUUGUCUCUAAUGAUGUGACAGCAUAUCAAUCUUAUAUACAAACAGAGAAGAAGAAUAAGGAUAAUGAUAAUGAUAUGAUGAUGCAUCAAGGACAAUAUGAAGAAGGAGAAUAUGAGUAUAAUUCUCAUAAUAAAUCACAUCCUAAUGAAUCCACAGAGUCUCUUAUGAUUACACAUGCAUCUAAAACAUCAGUUUCUUCAAAACAAGAUCAAAGUACAAUGACAUCACCAGCCAGCAGUGUUAAUUCAAAUCGAGGAAGACGACCACGAGAAGUAUCAUUUCACACCGUUGAAGAUGAUGGAGUUACUGGGGAUACAGAAAGUCAUGAUAAUAAUAAUAAUCAUCAUCAUCACAGUGAACUACCGCCUUUGCCUCUUAAAAGGAGUGUUCAUCAUGGUAACAAGAAUAUGUAUAACACUGAGAAUAAAAAUGGAGAAGAAGUACGUAUAGAAUCUGAGUCACGGGGUGUUCAAACAAGUCCAGAGGAAAAAGAAAAACAAGAACAGUCUUCCCGUGUCUCUGAGAAAUCAUCUAGAUAUAAAGAAGUGAGUGCAUUUGCUGCUAAUGUACUUGCAUCAAAGGAGAAAAAAUCACAUCAUCAUCAUCAUCAUCAUCAUCAUCAUCAUCAUCGUAAGGAAACUGAUAGAUCUCUUGAUGAUACUACCUGGCGAGAACCAGAUAUGGAUUAUAUAGAAGGAGAUGAAGAACCUAUAGAAAAAUUGGCUCUUCCUCUCUUACAAGCUUCUCAUCCUCAUGUGGAUGGUGUUGCUAUUCCCUCUGCUCUUGUACUAGAGUAUUUAUCUACACAUCAGGGAUCUAAAUCUGUUUUACAUGAGUUACAACAAUUUGAAAAGGAACUUUAUACCACACAUGCUGAGAAGGCGAUAAUGAAUGCAGCAAAUGAUGCCAAUCGUUAUCAUAUGCCCCAUCAUGAUCCCGUUUCCACUACAGUGGCCCCACCACACACCACUAUUGUUCCUGUUACGGUAGAAAGAAGACCAAAUAAUUACAGUGUUCCACAUGCAGCACAAGUACAGACUUCAAGUAAAACUGUAUUUACACGUCUUAAUAUGAUUCAAACCGUAGAUAGACAAGCCCAACGUGAGAUCCAAGCAUCUAUCAGUGUAGACUCACAAUCAUCCAGUAAUAGCAAAAAACGACGUGUUGAAGAAGAAGAAGAACAGCAACAACAACGACAACAAAUGAGAGAAGAGGGUAGACGACCAGCUGUACCACAGUCUCCUGCACAUGGAGGAAUAGCAACUGGCGCACAGUUCUUCCUUCAACAAAAUGCCACAUCUGUGAUGAAGGAUCUACACGGUAUGCGAAGACAAGUGGAGGCCAUGUCAACUAUGAUGACUCCCAACAGAGGGGAUGGUGGAAGUAGUGGAGAAGGAGGUAAUGGUAGUGGUAGUGGUAUUCCAUUGAAUCCAAUCACACCAUAUGGACAAGUGGUACUUCCACAGUGUUUUGUGGAACAGAAGAAUGAUACCGCCGUGCGUGAAAUACGUCAAGUGAUGGGUCUACACAACGCCAAUGAUAAUCGUUUAUCCACAAGUGGUCGAAGAAAGAUUAGAGGAAGUGGUGGUGAUGGUAAUGGUGGGAAUACAGAGAACAGUGCGGUAUGGUGGGCAGAGGUGAGCUCAGCUCCUAUGCCAAAGUAUGCUGAAGAUCCACAUUAUUCAAUGGAGCUUUUUUAG